AUGUCUGUCCACAGAGAAAAGGUCGACUUGAAAGCAUUGCCUCAUACGUUUGAUAAGCCUGUGCCCUUGGCUAUCAUUGGAGGUACUGGUCUCUACGAUUUGCCUAAUCUAAAGCCGGUUGCUAGACUUACUGUCUCGACGCCGUGGGGGUUCCCAUCUGCUCCUAUCACCAUCUCGCAGACAGAGAAAGGCGAUCACGUAGCGUUUUUGGCUCGUCACGGCUCCCACCACGAUUUGUUGCCUUCUGAUGUGCCUUCUCGUGCCAACAUUGCUGCUUUGAAGAAGAUUGGCGUGAAGGCCAUUGUGGCCUUCUCCGCUGUAGGGUCUUUGCAACAGGAAAUCAAGCCCAGAGAUUUUGUUGUGCCCACUCAGGUAAUUGAUAGAACAAAGGGAAUCAGACCAUCAACCUUUUUCGAAAGGGGCUUUGUUGCACACGCCAUGUUUGGCGAGCCUUUCGACUUGAAGCUCAACAAGAUUGUCGUGGACGCAAUUCCUUCUACAGGGUUCUUGGAAGGGUUCGACACAGAUGCAACGCCGAUUUUGCACAGCAAGCAGCACACAAACAAAGGAGAAGACUUGACGGUGAUCUGCAUGGAGGGUCCUCAAUUCAGUACACGGGCAGAGUCAAAGCUCUACCGCACCUGGGGCGGCUCGGUGAUCAACAUGUCGGUAUUGCCAGAGGCAAAAUUGGCACGUGAGGCAGAAAUCGCCUACCAGAUGAUCUGUAUGUCCACUGACUACGACUCAUGGAACGAGAGCGAGGAGCCUGUCACCGUGGAAACGGUUGUGGGCAACUUGAAGGCCAACAGUGCCAAUGCAACGAAGAUUGCAGCCAAAUUGGUGGAUGUGAUCUCUGAGGAAUUGCGCACCGGCGCUGCCGGUUUGGGGAAAGAUUUGGAAGGUACCAUGAAGUUCGCUGUAAGCACCAGCCCCCACGGUGUGAAGAAGGAAUUGUUAGAGAAAAUGCACUUCUUGUUCCCUGGGUACUGGCCAGUGCACUGA